AUGGCGGACGAACAACAGCAGCGGUUUGAAGGCAUCCGAUCAGUCGCGGUCAUAGGAGCUGGUAUCAGCGGUAUUAUGGCAACGAAAUAUCUACUCCAAGCCGGUCUCGAUGUGACUGUAUUUGAGCGGAAUAAAAAGCCGGGCGGCGUAUGGCUGUACGACGAGAAGAAAGCUGCUGAGCCACCUUAUAGCGCCACAAAGCCCCUCGAGACGGCUCAGGCUUUGUGUCCGUGGUACCAGGAGGCGAAUCAGCAAGACGGGAUUGUUUCAGCAGAAGAUGCACUCAGACAUGCCCCUCCGGGAGCAUGCUAUGAGGGUCUUACGAAUAACUUCUCGUUGAUUACGAUCGAAUUGAAAGACCUCCCAUGGUUAUGGGAAAUUCCAAUGACGACACCAGAAUGUCCUGAUAACGCAUGUGAAUGGACUACACACCGAAACAUUUUACAAUAUGUUCAGAACGCCGCGUCUCAUGUGGGACUAGAAGACCGGGUUCAGUAUUGCACAUUGGUCGAGAGAGUGAAGAAAGAGGGUGGCAAAUGGCAAGUGACGACAGGAACCUUAACCAGCACAGCAUCAGAGAAUACUGGGGAGGAGAUGUUCCAGAUAAGACAUCGGAAACGGGAAUUCGAUGCUAUUGUAGUAGCAUCUGGCCACUACAAUACACCACGGUUACCUUCUAUCCCGGGUCUCCUUGAAUGGCGUGAAGCAUAUCCUGACCGUGUCGAACAUUCCAAGUCAUAUAGACAUCCUCAGCAGUACGCGGGCAAGGUGAGAGUCUCAUCAUUACGUAAAAAGAAGAUUUGGCUGAUGAAUAAAAAAAAUCAAAAGAAUAUAUUACUGGUUGGAGCUGGAACUUCUUCGACAGAGAUAGCGCGUGAGCUUGGUCCUUUCGUCAAGAAAAUGUAUCAAUCCGGACGUGGUUCUCCAUUUGACCUACCGCUUGAUUUCAUCCCGGAAAAUUGCCAUCGGAUUGCUGAGAUUGAAUCAUUUGGGACCUUGCAAAACAGUAUUGAAAAUGCAACGACUACCGAAGGCCACCUACCCGGUGAGGUGACGCUCAAAGAUGGCAUGAUCUUGCAAGAUAUUGAUAUCGUGAUCGUUUGUACCGGAUACCACUUUGCUUAUCCAUUUUUGCCAGAAUUACACGCAGACGACGAAUCUGCCAAUGUGGAUGUUUCCCAGGUGCUGGUUACUAACGGAAGCUGCACGCUCAACUUACACAAGGACAUGUUCUACAUACCGGAUCCAACACUAGCCUUUGUAGGAAUCUCGCAAUUCAUCGCCACUUUCUCCUUCUUUGAGUUUCAGGCCAUGUUUAUCGCUUCAGUGUUCUCUGGUAAAGCAAGUUUGCCGAAACAGGAGGAAUUGAGGCGAAUUUAUGAAAAACGUCUGGCUGAGAAGGGUGACACGAGGUUGAUGAAUGGUAGACAGGAUGAGGAGGUAUCAUACGUGGAUGAAUUGGUGGCACAAAUCAACGUUAUUAAUCCAACAAAACCAGUUGAGGGAUUCUCGGCGAAAUGGCAUGCGGCUCGAGAUGCUGGGAAGUUACAAAAGAUUCGGGCGCGGUUUGCUAGAGAGAAAGCAGAACGAGAAGCCAAGGAGACUACAGUGUGA